AUGAGAAUCUAAAUUGUAUUUAAUGAGUCUCUCAUGAUUACAGAUAAUUCAGUUAAUGUUAGAGUAAUCUGCUAUCCUUUAGGUAUAUCAUAAAUUUAAUAUUCCUAAAUUAGUUUGAUUAUAUCUACAAAGAAUAAUAGACUUUAUAAGAUGAAUUAGGUUUAUCUUGAUAUUGUAAUUAUAUUAUUUAAAUUAUACUCUAAAAAGGCACUUUUGAAAUUAUUCAAAAUAUAGAUCAUCAAAAUUUUAAUAUUAUUUUUGAAAAACUCAGUUGUGAUAAGUUUGGUUAGGUAUAAAUGAUUCAUCAUUAAUAAUAGUAAUGUUGUUAAUAAAGCACAAAUAUUUCUUCACUUAUGA